GGGGAAUAAGUUCUGUUGAGUUGCAGCUAUCUAUUUCUAAACCGAAGAUACAUCAAUAUGUCUAUCUACCUGCACUAAAGUAUUUCGUACAAAAGCAUUAAACUUAUCAUUCUAGUAUUGAAACAUUUCAAAUUGAGAAUCUUGCGUACACAUUCUUUUCCACAUAUCAAACCUCGCAAAAUUGCUGCCCAUUAUUUUCUAUCCAAAAUCACUCGGAACUACUUUCUUUCCUCUACAUAUCCCCCAGGCCCCAAACCAUGGAACAUCGUCUCACUGGCGGUCCCCAAGAUCAUCCAAACUACAACACCACUGUCACGUCCGCUCGCAUGGGUAUGGGUAUGUUAACAUCAGGCUAUGCGCCUGGCUCCGAGCCAAUAGCACAACCCCAAAACGCAUUAAACGAUCCUGAUUAUUGUGAAGGAUGCGGUACUUCCACGAACGGACUUUCAGAUUGGAAGAAAAACCAUUUACACUUUCAUAAUGAGUGUAAAUUGGCUUAUCAGAGUGAAACCUGUCGGUUUCCAAAAAUUCCGCCACCGUUACCGGCGCAGGAAUCGGAUCCAAACGGGGAUAAUACCGCUUUUGAUAAUUAUUACGGCGAUUACGAUGCUUAUGCUGGUAAUACUCCUUUGGGUGCUGUCUCUUACGAUACGCGAGAACAAUCUUUAUACCCCCAAGCGAGUAGUAGCGCACCCCGGGCUGAAGCUUACUACCCAGUAACAACUACUGGUAUAGAUCAUGGUGGUCAGUACUCCUCGACGAUUGGUGGUGUAUCUCAGGACGAACACCACUAUCCGACGAGCAGUGGCACAUCUCAAGGACGAGGCCGUACAACUACCGCACAGAACAGAGGUAGUGGAAAUCGUGGAUAUCAUGGAGCUAGUAGUAAUAGCCGAAGGGUCUAGAGUUAUUGUGGUAGCGAAGGAUGGAUUAGCGAGUGUGGUGGGGGAUUGUGAUUGGCGUAGAGGAUAGAGGGAACGGCCUGGAAUUUCUUGUGAUUGUGUAAUCGCAAGAAUGGAAUAGCAUAAUAAUUUUUCA